AGCGAGCCGGGCUGGUUCGGGUCACGCCGCGCCGCCACGGGAGAGCCAGUGCUGCUCUGAGCCGAGGGAAAAGGGGCGAGAUGGCGUCGUGUGUGGGGAGCCGUACCCUGAGCAAGGACGACGUGAACUACCGGCUGCACUUCCGCAUGAUCAACGAGCAGCAGGUGGAGGACAUUACGCUGGAGUUCUUCUAUCGCCCGCACACCAUCACCCUCCUUAGCUUCACCAUCCUCAGUCUCAUGGCCUUCGCCUUCACCAGGGAUGAUUCUGUCCCAGAGGAUAAUAUUUGGAGGGGUAUCCUCUCUGUGAUUUUCUUCUUUCUAAUCAUCAGUGUUCUAGCUUUUCCUAAUGGACCCUUUACACGUCCCCACCCUGCAAUAUGGAGGAUGGUUUUUGGUCUCAGUGUGCUCUAUUUUCUGUUCCUGGUGUUCGUGCUCUUCCUUAACUUUGAGCAGGUAAAAGCAGUGAUGUACUGGCUGGAUCCUAAUCUUCGAUAUGCCACAAGGGAAGCAGAUAUUAUGGAGUAUGCUGUGAACUGUCAUGUUAUCACCUGGGAGAGAAUCCUCAGCCACUUUGAUAUAUUUGCUUUUGGGCAUUUCUGGGGCUGGGCUAUGAAGGCUUUGCUGAUCCGCAGCUAUGGGCUGUGCUGGACUAUUAGUAUCACCUGGGAGCUCACUGAGCUCUUCUUCAUGCACCUUCUGCCUAAUUUUGCUGAAUGCUGGUGGGAUCAAGUAAUUUUGGACAUCCUGCUUUGUAACGGGGGUGGCAUCUGGUUGGGCAUGGUAGUUUGUCGUUUCUUGGAGAUGAGGACCUAUCACUGGGCAAGCUUCAAGGACAUUCACACGACCACAGGGAAAAUCAAAAGAGCUGUAUUACAGUUCACACCAGCCAGCUGGACCUAUGUCCGCUGGUUUGACCCUAAGUCUUCAUUUCAAAGAGUGGCUGGAAUCUACCUUUUCAUGAUCAUUUGGCAGCUGACUGAGUUGAACACAUUCUUUCUGAAACAUAUCUUUGUGUUCCAAGCAAGCCACCCUUUAAGCUGGGGGAGAAUUCUCUUCAUAGGAAUCAUUACAGCGCCCACUGUAAGGCAAUACUAUGCAUACCUCACAGAUACACAGUGCAAGAGGGUGGGAACUCAGUGCUGGGUGUUCGGGGUUAUUGCUUUCCUUGAAGCUAUUGUGUGCAUAAAGUUUGGACAGGAUCUUUUUUCCAAAACACAAAUACUGUACGUUGUGUUUUGGCUUCUCUGUGUGGCCUUUACAACUUUCCUGUGUUUAUAUGGCAUGGUUUGGUAUGCAGAGUACUAUGGCCUCCGAGAAAAGACCUUAUCAGAAAGUGAAGACAGCCCAUACAGUCCAGAUGCUUCCUGGCUUCAUUCUAAAUUCAGUAAAGCAGGUGCUGACAAUAGUCCACCAAAACUUUCAGUCAAUAGUGAAAGCCAUUCAUCUAGAAGGAGGAAUCGCCACUCCAAAUCAAAAGUAACGAAUGGAAUUGGCAAGAAGUAAGAAUGGUUUCUGAAGAUACCCUACAGUGUGACCAGAAGUGACAAAGAAAAUCAGACAUGGCUCUGAAUUUCCAAACCGAAGAUUGAUUUUUAAAUUUAAAGAUUAAAGAAAGGACGUGUUGGAGGAAAAGGAUGAUCAGGAUGGAGCCACCAGUGUAGUGGUGAUCAUUGCCUGCUGACACUUGCCAUUCACUGAUUUAAAUCUAGUUUCUUCAGCCUGUGGCACCAAAAGCUAAUGGAGAGUGUGCUGGAAAGGAAAGUAAUUUUGUCAUAGCAGGUACACCCUGUUUUGUGUUCAGGUGUUGCAAGUGCAUUUUUAAUAUCUUAAAGGCUAGUAAACUGAUAGUCAGUUGGCAUA